UUCACGCCGACUUAGGCCCUCAUAACUCCUGAGUGCUGAUAGCCUGUGGGAACCUUUCUGGAGCGCCAGACGCGUGUGUACACCCGAUGUCCCUGCAGAGCAGCUUCUGUGCGUUGAGUCGCGCCGCGACCAGCGCGUUGCGGCCUCCCGCCUGCCUGGCGGGCGUGAGCGCCAUGGCCGGUGCGGUGCGUCGGUACAGCGAGAAUGUGCAUGAGCACUUCCAGCACCCCCGGAACGUCGGGAGCUUCAAGAAGGGGGAGGAACACGUGGGGUGAGCUGAUGGGAUGGGAUGGGCACAGAGAGAGAGGGGAGGGGGGCUCUGGGGAUGUCCUGUCGCGCGAGAGAGGCGUGUGGUUGUGCUGUGUUGAUGUCUCUCUCUCGGUAUGUCGUGUUGUGUUGCAGGACUGCCAUCGUGGGCAAAGCUGCGUGUGGGGAUGUGAUCAAGCUGCAGGUCAAGAUUGAGGAGGGCGUCAUCAAGGACGCUAAGUUCAAGGUGAGUGGGUCUGAGCCGCAGGGAGAUAGACACUCAUACUGAUGUGUGUGUGUGUCUGUGUUGUUUGACUGCUUGUCAUCCCCCCAGACGUUUGGUUGCGGUUCGGCGAUAGCGAGCAGUUCGUAUGCGACGGAGCUCAUCAAGGGCAAGACGCCCGAAGAGGCCAUGCAACUCAAAAACACCGACAUCGCAGGUAAGUACGGGAUGCUUGGCUUCGCCGACGUGCAAUGUCUGAGCGUCGGUGUGUGUGUGUGUGUGCAGACUACCUGAAGUUGCCUCCGGUGAAGAUCCACUGCUCGCUGCUGGCUGAGGACGCCGUGCGCCACGCCAUCGAGGACUACCAGAAGAAAUACCCAGGCGUCACAGAGGCUACCAUCGCCGCUGACGAAGGCCCCACCUCGCACCAGCAGCAGAUGGGCGCCGCGUAGACGCACUCGCUGUCUUUUCUUCUUUGUGGUUCGUCGUUGCUUUUCGUUCGUUCAUUACGUGUGCUGUGUGUGUGCUGCUCGAGGUGGAUGUCGAGUUUUUGACUCCGCGCGACACUUGUGACGUUCGUCGCGACGGACGAAUGCCUGGAUAUCUGCCUGUCUGCCUGUCUGCCUGUCUGCCUGUCUGCCUGUCUGCCUGUCUGCCUGUCUGCCUGUCUGCUUGCCUGUGUGGCCGACUUCUUGAUGGAUGCGUUUGGCGUUUUUGCGGUUUCUCGUGACUCAACCGUACGCAGACGUAACGUAAUGGGGAGGGGAGGGGAAUGAGUGUCUGGGUCAGUGGUGGUGUUGAUAUAUAUGUGCGAGGCGAAUGCAAUGACCAUCGAAUUUUUCGGCGGGCCGUCCAAGAGGGCCUCCCUCACACGGCGGGGGGGGGGGGGGGGGGGGGGGGGGGGGGGGGG